UGUGUCCCCAACGACUUCCCGUCGGCUACGUAAUACCAUCCCGGAAGAUUUUACCUUUCUCCUGACACGUAGCAACCCGAAGCAAGUUGGUGCAGUGAUCAAACAGCGCAGACUGAGAGAUGUCAGGGUUUGACAACUUCAACACAGACUUUUACCAGUCCAGCUACAGUGUAGAUGACCAAAGCCAGGCCGGCUAUGGCUACGGCAAUGCUGAAAACCCCUACAACAAGCCAUACGGUCAGUACGACUACUCCCAGCCCGUGGGCUACGCCUCCCCAGGGGUGAUGCAGCCCCAGCAGCAAUACACAGGCCAAAUCUUCCAGCCCACGCAGACCUACACUCCAUCCCCGUCACAAUCGUUGUAUACUAGCAGCUUCGACGACGAGCCGCCACUGCUAGAAGAAUUAGGAAUCAACUUUGACCACAUCUGGCAGAAGACUCUGACGGUGCUCCAUCCAAUGAAGGUAGCAGAUGGCAGCAUCAUGAACGAGACAGACCUGGCUGGCCCCAUGGUCUUCUGUUUGGCCUUCGGAGCGACACUACUCCUGUCAGGUAAGAUCCAGUUUGGCUAUGUGUACGGUAUCAGCGCCAUUGGCUGCCUCGGCAUGUACUGCCUACUCAACCUAAUGAGUAUGACGGGCGUUUCCUUCGGCUGUGUGGCCAGCGUGCUGGGAUACUGCCUCCUCCCGAUGAUCCUCCUCUCCAGCUUUGCAGUCCUCCUCUCUUUACAGGGCAUGAUUGGAAUUAUACUAACGGCUGCAAUCAUUGGCUGGUGUAGUUUGUCAGCCUCAAAGAUCUUCAUCUCAGCGUUGGCCAUGGAUGGGCAGCAGCUGUUGGUUGCCUACCCUUGCGCUCUCUUAUAUGGGGUCUUUGCACUCAUCUCUGUCUUCUAAAAAAGAAAUCAUUGAGUUACAGUUUAAAAUAACUGCCCCCCAGUUUCUGUAAUUUCAGUCUAAUUAGCUUCAGUGUAAUUAGUGUAAUUAUUGUCUAAUUGCACUGUUAUUACAGAAAAAUGGGAGCUCCUGUCCAAAACAGCACCAAGGUUUUUUUUUUUUUGGUUUUUUUUUUUCUUCUUCUUCUCAAUACGCCUCCACUUCUCGAUACAUUCCGACUUGAGCAUCUGCAGGCUGGAGUGUAUUGUCUCACUCAUGUCAUCUCUCCACCUUGCUCCCCUCAUACAUCUUAAAGGAGAGGACUGUCAAAUAAACCUGAUGAAAAAAGUCCUGUGGACCAUGUUGAGCCUCAAAUGGCUUAGUACAGUCCUAUGAUUUUAAGGACAUGAAGGGGAAGGAAGUCAGCAACUAGUUCACACAAUGAACCGAAAAGACAGUUUAAUUUGGACACAGACAGGAAAAGGACCAAUAACCAACCCCCAGCUAACCCUGCAGCCCAAUUUGGAGCCAGUGGCCAGUGGAAACACCCGUGUAUCAUGAUUUGCAAUUGCAAAAGCUGUUGUGAGCCAUUUGUAGCGAACACCUAAAUAUUCAACAGCUGCAAGACUACGGGCAACACCCAUUUCCUUCUGCACAAGACUACAGUAGCUCAUUCUACUUCUCCACCCAGAAAGAGCAGAGGAAAAUGGGAGAGGGGCCAUGAUUCCCAUCAUUUGCUCAUCACAGCAGUGAUCUGAUCUUUGAUGUAUAUCUUCUCAUGUAAUGUUUUAUUAUAUCCUCUUGAAAUUCAUUUGCGUUUUAAUGCCUUUCAAGAAGACAACCGUACAGUUUGCACAAAAGCAUUGUUUUUUUUUUGUUUUUUUUUAAACAAACAUUUAGAUGACAUUUGAUUAGAUAUUGAGAUACUGUAUAUUUAUAUGUACAGGCAUGUCUCUAUAGGUUGUUGCUAUAGUUUGCAUCCUUUACAUUUCUUACAUCUUUAUUUUAGAGUUGGCUCACUUUGUAUGCUUUGAUGUGUCAUCUGUUGUUCAUCUCUUCUCAUGCACAUUAAAGUUGUCUUUGAAGGUAAUCAACCUUGUGAUAUGAAAAGGUACAUUGUAUGGCCAAGCAGAUAAUUGUAAGAAGUGGCAUAACCUCUAUUAAAGACUGAAUCGGGGAUUGCAUUUUUCCCUUGGACCUAUAGUUAGCACCUGUGUGGCAGAAGAAAGGCUGGUGUGCACUUGAAGAAGUGGGUGUAUGACGCAUAAUGACAGUUUUCAACAACCUGGGGACUAUGACAGGAUCAAAGGAAGUAGUCUCCAGUCUUUGAUCCACACCAUUGUCAGUUUAUUGCGUAUGGGAGACCUUGAAGGUUUAAGACAACAUCUGUAAUUGUAUGAAAAGUGAGUGCAGACCUUUCUCUGUGCACAUGUUUACACCUCCAGUGCUGAAGCUUGGUCAGCUGAGGGCAUACAGGUCACACAUCACCUCUCCAGUGUCACCCAUAUACACUUCCAGCUCUUUAAAUCAUCAGCUUCAAGUACUCUUAAACACUUUUUACCUCUCACAUGUGUGGGUUGGUUAUUGAGAGUGAGUGAUUUCUUAACUUUCAGCCAAGCAAUUCACGGCUACUGUCUUUUUUUUUUUUUUUUUUGGCUAAAUGUUUUUCUGUCUAUCUAGGAGCUAUUGACACGCAGCACGUUUAUCCGUAAAAAUAUCACCUUCUUUAUAUCCUGGCACACAAUACAGAUUCUACAAAUUCACAAGGCACUGUAUACUAUAACUCACAACAAAUAGCAUGAUUCUUCACACCAGGAACGUUUUUUAAACAAAACAAACUUCCAUAUGUUAUUGGAAAUCACAGACCAGACCAGCAAUUAAUGUUGGAAGUUUGACUUAUUUAUCUGGAUCAGUGAGCCCACAGGUCCUGUUUGCCAGAAUAAAAAACAUAACUCCCAACUGUUUAUGGUGUGUGGAGACUGGUCAGUGUACAAUACUGCCACAGUGAUUGACUUCCUUAUUCUAAGUAAAGCUCUAAAAUGCAAGAACCCGCAUAGUCUAAACAGAGGGCUGACAAGAAGAAAUAUUGAGUUUUAUGGUUAGAACACAAGCCUCUAUUUUUUUCUUCUCCCUUCUGGGUUUUCUUUGCACUAACAUACACAAAACACAUACACGGGGGGGCUCCUUAAAUGGUCGAUAACCCACUUAGGAGGAAUGAAUAAUGCAAAAAUUAAAAUAGAGUGCUUUUUCUAUUCCAACAAACUCAACAUCAAGGAGAUACUUUGCAUUUCAAGCAAACCCAACAGGAGCAGUCUGCUCUCACAGGCUGCUGUCUCACAUGGCCAAUUGUUUAUUUAUGCAUCUUCUGUAUGUAUAGUCUGUUUUGUACGCCCAUUUAAAACGAAGGUAAAAAAUCAACCUGUAUUUUAGUGUCUAUUACAUUCUUGAUUUAUGUAUGGAAGUGUUUAUUUUCAUUGGGGUCGAUUUGGUUUCUCUCUAAAUAAAACAUUGCUUGUAUAUGU